UUGAGGGGCGGAGUGGAGUGGGACGAAGAAGCGGCGGCUGGAAGGGAGUGAGGGCUUGAGGAGCAGCAGCAGCAGCAUGGAGUGAAGAGGAAAGAGGCUGCGGAGAAGAGAGAGGAGGGAGCCCAGAUGGCUGCGAGGAAGGAGGAGGCGAGGAGGGCGGGCCUGGUCCUUCUUCUUCUGUUGCUGCUUUUGGCUGUUGAGGCUCAAGCUAAGAUAAUCUUCACUAAGGAGCCAUAUUCCCAAGAUGCCUUGCAUGGCCGUAGUGCAAUCUUGCGCUGUGAAGUGGAGAACCCAAGUGACACAGAGUUUGAGUGGCUACAGAAUGGGGUUGCAGUUCAGGACACAGAGCGCCGUUUCAAGGAAGGGAGCAAUCUUCAGUUCACAUCUGUUGAUCGGCAGCAAGAUGGUGGGAACUUCCAGUGUGUGGCCAGGAAUGUAGUGACUGGAGAAGAAGCUCGGACAACAAAUGCAUCUUUCAACAUAAAGUGGAUUGAAACAGGUGGUGUUAUCUUGAAGAACCCAGCCAGAGUGGAAGACAUACAGAGUUCCGCUCCAGUAGUUUUGCGUUGCCACAUUGAUGGACAUCCACGCCCAACCAGUCAGUGGUUCCGGGAUGGCACCCAGGUCAUAGAUGACCGUACCAACUAUUCAAUCAGCAACAAGGAGCGGACAUUGACUCUCAAGAGUGCCAGCCCAGAUGACAAUGGCAUCUAUUACUGUUGUGCUCGGAAUGCAGUGGCCUUUGUGUGCAGCAACAAUAACUUCACUCUCAACAUCAUAGAUGAGAGUUUCCCACACCCCGUGAUUGUUCCUGAGAACCAAAUUGUCAAUAAGAAUGAGGAGGCUAUGUUCCAUUGCAAGUUCCAAGCGGUUCCACCUCCCAUGCAGGAAUGGUUAUUUGAAGACUCCCCUGUUAGUAAUCAGAGCAGGACUAUAGUGUUUUCCAAUGGCUCCUUAUUGAUAACUCAGGUGAAACGACGCAAUGCUGGAGUCUAUAAAUGCAUUGCUCGUGGGCAGCGGGGGAAACCUGUGGUCUUGGAAGCAACUCUGCAAUUGGCAGAAAUUGAAGAUUUUAUUCAACCCUUUGAACCAAAGACUUUCAUAGCCAGCAGAGAGCAGCGUGUGACAUGUGUGGCCCCUCGGGGAGUCCCUGAACCCCAUAUUUGGUGGGAGAGAAACAACGUUCAAGUCCCUACUACUGGCAGAGUACGGCAAGAGGCUCAGGACCUUGUCUUCACUAGCAUUGCUGAGAAAGAUGCUGGACUAUAUACCUGCCAUGCAGUGAACAAAGCUGGAGAAAAGAAACAGGACCUAACCAUCACAGUAGCCACAAUGCCCAAAUGGGUGGAAAAGCCCAAGGACAGUCGUCUAGAAGAAGGUAAACCAGGCUACCUCCAUUGUCUCAGUGAAGCCUCUCUGAAGCCCACUGUCAGCUGGUUUCGCAAUGGCAAUCCCGUUUCAGAGGAUUCCCGCUUUGAAAUUGCUGAGAAUGGGACACUCCGUAUUAACAGCGUGGAAGUGUACGAUGGAACAGUGUUCAAAUGUGUGAGCAGCACUCCAGCUGGGAGUAUUGAGGAACAUGCUCGUGUGUAUGUUCUGGAGAAGCUGAAAUUUACUCCUCCGCCUCAGCCCCUGCAGUGUGUUGAGUUUGAUAAAGAGGCUACUGUAUCCUGCUCAGCCACAGGACGGGAAAAGCCUACAAUCCAGUGGAUUAAAUCUGAUGGGAGUAGUCUCCCCGAUUGGGUCCAUCACAGUUCUGGAAACCUGCACUUCCAAAAAGUGACAAGGAGUGAUGCUGGAAACUACACUUGUAUUGCUUCCAAUGGUCCACAAGGAGAGAUUAGAGCAACAGUCCAACUUACAGUAGCAGUCUUUAUUAGCUUUAAGCUGAAGCCAGAUGACACAACUGUAUACCCAGGACACACAGCCAUGUUCCAGUGCCAAGCUGAGGGUGACCCACUGCCACACAUCCAGUGGAAAGGAAAGGACAGGAUUGUAGAACCUGACAAAUUUUUACCCAGGAUCCAAAUUAUGUCCAAUGACUCUCUGGUAAUAUAUGAUGUCACCACCGAGGAUUCUGGCAAGUACACCUGCAUUGCAGGCAACAGUUGCAACAUCAAGCAUCAUGAGGCUUUUCUCCAUGUUGUGGACAAACCAAUGACAGAACGGGGUGAUGCACCCAACAGCCACACUCCCUAUAAAAUGAUCCAGACUAUAGGGCUGUCUGUUGGUGCUGCAGUGGCAUACAUAAUCAUUGUGCUGGGCCUCAUGUUUUACUGCAAAAAGAGAAGGAAAGCAAAGAGGCUGAAGAAGCAGCCAGAGGGUGAGGAGCCGGAGAUGGAGUGCUUGAAUGGAGGCACUUUGCUGCAAAAUGGACAGACCACUGCCGAGAUCCAGGAAGAAGUGGCUCUGAACAAUCUUGGCAGCAGCUCUGCAGCUAGCAAGAGGCACAGCGCUGGUGAUAAGAUGCAUUUGCCCCGCUCCAGUCUGCAGACAAUCACUCCCUUGGGAAAGGGUGAGUUUGGAGAAGUAUUCUUGGCCAAGGCAAAAGGCAUUGAAGACAAUGAAACUGAGGUGCUUGUUCUAGUCAAGAGCCUCCAAACCAGGGAUGAACAGCUGCAGUUGGACUUCAGGCGAGAAUUUGAGAUGUUUGGCAAACUGAACCACAGUAAUGUGGUGCGACUUCUUGGACUGUGCCGGGAAGCAGAGCCUCAUUAUAUGAUUCUGGAAUAUGUGGAUCUGGGAGACCUGAAGCAGUUCCUGAGGAUUUCCAGAACUAAAGAUGAGAAACUCAAGCCUCAACCCAUUAGUACAAAACAGAAGGUAUCUUUCUGCUGCCAAGUGGCACUGGGGAUGGAGCAUCUCUCCAACAACAGAUUUGUACACAAAGACCUGGCAGCUCGGAACUGCCUUGUCAGCGCACAAAGGCAGGUGAAAGUAUCAAGCCUAAGCCUCAGCAAGGAUGUUUACAACAGCGAAUACUAUCAUUACCACCAAGCCUGGAUUCCACUUCGCUGGAUGCCCCCAGAGGCUGUCUUGGAGGAUGAAUUCUCUACGAAGUCUGAUGUCUGGUCCUUUGGGGUUGUCAUGUGGGAAAUAUUCACACUGGGCGAAAUGCCCUAUUCCAAGAUGGCAGAUGAAGAGGUGCUAGCAGGUUUACAAUCUGGGAAGAUGAAGCUUCCCCAUCCAGAGGGUUGUCCCUCCAAGUUCUAUAAGGUGAUGCAGUGCUGCUGGGCUGCCAGCCCAAAGGACCGCCCAUCUUUCAGCGAGAUUGCCAACAUGCUUGGAGAGAGCCCGUCGGAAAGCAAGGCAUGAGCAGGGACACUCUAGCCCCUGUUGCUAGAGAUUGGGAUUAGCUAGAACCUCGUUUUGGCAUGUUGACUGUUACAGACUCUCAAAUGGGAGACCUAAGAGUUGAACCUCAAAGGGACCAUGGAUUCUUACACUAAUGGACAAAGAUUGUGGACAUCAUCCCCCUUGAUCUGAGGCCUCUUCAUCAAGGCCCCAUAACCCUGCACCUGACCAGACUGCGUUCCUCCAGGUUCUACCUCCAAUAUCCACAGGGCUAGUUAACAACAUCCAAGGGAUGAAGGGGAUUCUGGGAAUCAUCACCACAAGACAAAUUUACCAGUGAAAGACUGUGGCAAGAUUUUGGGACUUCUCUGUCAUGGCACAUCUAACUUUCCCCCCUCGCCCACUCUUUCUUUCAUGAAUCCUUUUCACAAAAAAAGCACAGGCAUAUUCUUCUAGGGAAGACUCUUAAAUUUGGGGAACGGGCACAGAGUAACGGGUGGGGCGGGUUUCUAUGCUUCUGAGUGGUUCACAGGGUUUAGGGUGGAGGCCCCCAGAUGUCUCAAGUUAGGCCUGAACAAGAAGAGAGGGGGACCCCUGGUGUUAUCAUUGGUAGUCUGGCAGCUUCCAUAGCUAUAGAUCUGCAUCCCUGUCUGCAGAGCAAAUCCAUGCAAUUUCCUGUCACAAUCAUCUUCCACACAUUUGGCCAUUUCUGAAUUUGCCAACCUUCUCCUAUGUCAGUGGUUAAACCCAAGAUGCUUUGGCCGGUUACCUGCCCCAGUGGAUAGCCCCACCUGAAAGGAGUUAAGUGGCUUUUGUAUCUCAUGGCUGUAUCCCAGCCAUUUCUUUGGAAGCAGAUCCUUGCGCACAAUCUAGUGUCCUCCAACACUGGAAAGGAGGCCCUUCUUCCUUAUCUCCCACCACAUGCUGUUCUCUUUUGAAGUCUGUGAGGAACCAGUAUAUUUAUUACACAGUACUUCUGUCUCUCUCCUCCUGGUCCUAUUAGUCUAUUAGGUCUUCUGGCACCUCCCUACAUAUCCAAACUAAGGAGCAACAAACACUAAGUGCCUGGCAUAUGAAGGAGAUUUUCACUAGCUUUCCUGACUAUCCAAUACCGCCUUUUUUAUAUGAUUAUUUUGGGCAAUGUUUCUUUUUCCUUUCUUACAUUUUUAAAAAAAUGUUGACACCUCUCAGCCUUAGUCAUUUUUUAUAUGUAUAUGUUAUUACUGGAAGUGCAGCCUAGAGUCAUUUUAGUUUCAAUUUGCUUGAGCGGAGGGGUAGAACAGCCAAGAGGUUUUUUGUUGUUUUUUUUAAAGGAAGAAAUAUGCUGCUUUCAAUAAAGGGUCCCUCUGUUUUUACAAAAAA